AGCUGGCAGGCUGUGAGGAGAAGGGCUGCAGCUCUCCACAGCUCUUUGGCAGCAAGGAGGAAGAGGAGGAGGAGGAGGAAGCAGCUGCAGUGCUCUUACACUCAUAGACACAUCCAUACAUACAUACAUCCCAUGCUGAGCAGCCAGCCAAGAAACAGGAGCAUGCACUGGACCAGGGUACUUGCCCCGGCAAAGGAGAAGAAGUGACUGGGGUUUUCUGUGCCUCUGCUUUUGCCUCACUCUGCUUGUCUGUAUGGUAUGCCUUUUGGAUAGAGCCAGGGGCUUUUGAAGCCCAGUGCUAGCUGUCUCCCAACUGCUGUCAGCCAAGGCAGAACCAGGGUUCCCUGAAGAUGUGCAUUCUUUUGCUAUUUCCCUUUAAAAACAUCCCUCCUCUCUCUUUUUUCAGCCUCGGUCUUCUAGCCACUUUGGCUUAAAGGACUUCUCCAUCAGGAUGUGAGCUGCAUCCAGGCUCAGUGACUUCUGGGUCCAGCAAAGGCGUCCAGCAGAACAACACAGGACUGGGCUUUUCCUCUUCCUGGGGAGCUGCUGAAGAGAAGCUGACCUAGCAGCAUCCUAUGCACAAGGGAGAUGAGCUGUUGAGAAGGACAUUGUCUUCAUCUUCUCCUUCCUCCUCCUUCUCCUUUUCCCCAAGAGCUCUCCAACUGGGACCAUGUCACCUGUGGACUGGAGACCAAGGCCCGUGGACCGGUGGGUUUGCACCCUUCUGCUAUGCAGAUGGAAAGGCUGCAAAGCCAGAGCUUCUGGACUGAAUUGAUCAUUCUUCCUAGCUGGUUGGCUAGCUGGUUGCAGGGAAAGCAGGAGCAGAGGGGGGUGCUCUCUCUAUUCAUGUCCACCCCCUUUCCCCCUCACUUCUCUCCAGUAGUCUUGAAGGAAACCAGAAGGGCAAUAAUCACAAUUUAUCCACAUGGGACCAAAGGGUUAAUCUGAAAAACAGGAGCUCAGAAUAACCUGGAUUAUUUUUUCUCCCCCCCCUCCCGCAACACACACACCAUUUUUAUUUCUAUUUUAAUUUAUUUUUAUGUACCUGACGGCUCUUCAUGAAUGUUCAGACUCACACAGCUGAAGAGGACUGAAGAAUCUGUUUUUUUCUAACAUUCAAAGCUGCUGGAGGGGGGAAAGGACCAGACAUUCCUUGAUUCUACAGUGUUCUGGAGCAGCUGCCUUGCUCGAUGUGAGGUGAAACAUCAGUGCUUCCAGUAUCCCAUGGAUGCCCAUUUUUUAUGUUUUAAAAUCACACAUCUGUCAUUUUAAGGAGCUUCCUGUGAACCCUGUAUAGACUCUCCAAACCUCAGUCAAGGUGGACAUCUCCCUUAAUGAAGCCUUCCAAGGCAAGGCAGAUGGCAGUGGCACCAAAGUUAUGCUGUUCGGUGAGGAACCCUUUUGCUGAAGGAGUUUUGUGUUGAACAGCCUGAGGAAGAGGACCAGAAGAAGACAUUGCCUUCAGGAUCACCCCAGGGAAUACCUCCAAAAAGACAAUGAUGAACUAAUGAGUGGGGUUGCCCUAAGCAUACAUGAUAUAGACUGGUGCUUUCUUUCUGCAACUUUUUUUUCUAGAUCCUGGCAUUUCAGAGCUGGCAGAUUGGAGCACAAAUGCAAAGCCUUAACCCCAUAAGUUGGCCAUUCCUGGUUAAUGCAUCUCAACUGGCUUUGCAACCCAGUGGUGAUUCUAAGUCUUCUAGACCUAUAAGGUUUGUUAUCCAGCAAGAAUGGAUGGUGUGUACUGCAAUGAUCCUUGCCUUGAUCUCAUCCCAAUGGUCCCUGCUUGGUUGCCCUGAUUCAGCUAGGGCGGGGAGAUCAAGGGGUGGCAGGUGAACGUGCCCUGAGACUUUCUGGGGCAGGGUGGGGGAGCGUUAAAAUGUGGAGAUCUCCCCAGCCAAGAGGCGUUCCGUGGAGGCACAGUCUGGCUGGGCAAAAGCAGAAUGCACAACGCAGCUCUGCCCCAGCUCCCUGGCACCCUGUGAAGGAUGAACUCCCGGGGCUUGCAGGAUAGGCAGCCAACUGACAACGCGACCAACAGCAGCAACACCAGCGAGAGGGAACGCAUCAGGGGGCGCAUGAAAAUGGUGAUCGGACAGCUAGAAGGCAUCCUGCAAGAACUUAAGGAGGUGGCCAAGGAACUCCGUGAAGUGGUCAGCCAGAUUGACAAGUUGACUUCAGACUUUGAGUUUGAGCUGGAGCCAGAUGAUUGGACAACAGCGACGGUGAGCAGCACAUCCAGUAGCGAUAAAGGAGGUGGCAUGUUUGACCUUGGGAACCUGGAUUUCAUGACCUCAGAUAUUCUCUCUGACAGCUGGGAGUUCUGUUCCUUUCUGGAGGCCUCCACGCCAUCAGACUCCGGCGAUGGCUCAGAACAGCAGCAACAACAGGGACGCCAGCCCGACUACCGACUCAUGAACGGUGGGGUGCUGAUCCCCAAUGGACCCCGGGUGGGAACGCCAGAUUCUUCCAGCGAGGAGGCCUUCAGUUCAGUCCCAAGCCACAAAGCCCAGCACUCGCGGACGCCGGGCACCAGGGAGCGGGUGCGGUUCAGUGACAAAGUCCUCUACCAUGCUUUGUGUUGUGAUGAUGAUGAGGAAGUAGACAACAGCCCACUCCCAGAGGACCCUCCAGAGGAACCCAGUGAGACGGCACACAAAAUGGGACCUGUCAGCAAGACAAUGCCACGGCGGUCCCCUCACCUCAGUAGUGCUCAGCAACAAAAGCUGAUGAGGAACAGCAGCACCCAGACAGUGUCGGACAAAAGCACUCAGACAGUGCUGCCUUAUAUCUCGAGCAAACAGAAAAUCAAGAGCAAAAACUGAGGACUAACG